AAAUUGUCAAUAAUGAAAUAGAAAUAUAAAAUUUAAAGUUUUUUGAGGUUUCUGUGAUAUAAAAAGUUGUCUUAAAUCAGUUUUCUUCGCCAAAGUUGACAAGUUUAUACCUAAGAUUAAUAAUUAGUGAAACUCAAACAACGUCAUGGAAAACUUUUGUCAUUUCAUAAGUGAUUUUCAGGUUCAUAUAAAUAUGGCACAAGAGCAGAGUAUGAGAGUCUUUCGCCAAGCUAGCGACGAUGCCAGAGAGAUGGCUAUGAGAGUCAUUCAUGAUCCAGGAUUAAAUCAAAAUCUCAAUCAAAUUAAAGGACAAGCUGAAGCAGUUUUUAGAACGUUUCUGGAUGUGAUAGGAAGAAUCAAGGAUGCAUUAAGAACACAAACAAUGCUUGAUCAGUUGGAACAAAUCUUCAGAGAUGAAAUUUCUAGAAACAACACAUAUUUUGUUCUUCUUGGACUUGGCCUCGGUACAGCUGGUGGCUGCGUAAUCGGAAUGUGGUUGGCCAGAAAAAAUAUUGCAAAUCCAAUAAUGAACUCAGUUGCAUGCGUUUCAUAUUAUGGUCCUGACAAUGUAACUUUAUCUAAGACAAAUCUUCCUCAUUUAACAUCGACAUCUGACAUUCUUGUACGAGUUAGAGCAGUGGCAAUCAGUCGACUUGAUGUUGCAAUAUCUCAAGGAUAUGGAAGAACAUUGAGAAGAAUUCUUCAAAAUUAUCAUGCAGGAAAUCCUGAACUUCCUUUAGUCAUAGGACGAUCGUGUUCUGGAGUGGUGGAGAAUGUUGGAAAAGAUGCAAAAUGUGGACUUGAAAUAGGCGAUGAAGUUUGGCUUGCUUCAUCUUCUUAUGAGUUUGGUUUAGCAUCGCAAUUAGUUGUGACGAACGAAACAAGAGUUUCUAGGAAACCUGUCCUGAUAGGGUUUGAAGGUGCUGCAAGUCUACCUUAUGAUGGUUGCAUGGCAAUUCAUGCGUUGAAACAAGCAAAGUUGAAUGAAAAUACUUCGAUGGGAAAGAAGAUUUUUAUUCAAGAUGGAUGUUCACCGGUUGGAUGUAUUUUGAUGCAAUUGUUGAAGAAGUGGGGCGGAUAUAUUGUGGUGACAUGUCAUCAAAGAUCCGCUCCUGUAGUUAAUGCUCUUGGAGAACGAGGAGCUGAUGAAAUCAUAACAUUCUCGAAUGAUAGUUUCGAAGCCAAUUUUUACGAGAAAAAUAUUGAACAGUCUUCGUUUCUUAACGAAUUGCUUAGCAGAAAUGAUAAAUAUGAUGUCGUGUUCUUCACAACACAUCUCAACUACAAUACUGAUUUUAUCACGAAAUUCUUGAGUCCUAAUGGAAUUGUCAUCCAUGCAACUGAGAAAUAUUUACCUUCUGACAAUUACAAUUUAAUUAUGCGAACGCUUCUUAAGGCGUAUAUUGUUUUUAAGAAAAUUGGUUGUAGAUUAAUUAAUGUAGAGCCAUCGUGGACCGAUGAACCACAUCUUUGCCAUAACAAUCUUGAACUUCUAGCGAGUUAUGUUAACGACGAAAUGUUAAACACUGUGGUCGAUCAAGUUUACAAUCCUCAGGAAGCAGAACGUGCAAUUGCUCAUGUGAUAAAAGAAGAUUAUGAGUUGAUAUAUGGUGAAGAAUUAGAAAUGCUCAAUGAAUUUGAUGAAGAAACUUCAAUCCCGGUAAUAAAUGAUAGCAAUAAAAAAGCAGGCCCGAUUGUUUCAACUCAAAAAACAUGUGCCUCUAAUAAGAAUGCUACUCUUUUGAGUAGCCCGGCACUUUCACAAAUCUCCACCGAUGGUUUCUGUUUAACAUCUUCUCUUCAACCUCGUAAACAGAAGUUUACAUCAACACCGUUUUUAGAGAAGAUGAAAACACUUCAAACAUUAGAAGAAGAUACAGAAAAUGAUCCCCAUAAUUAUGAAGCUAAUCAAAACAAACGGAAGAAGAGACAACGUCUUGAAGAUUUGUUUGGUGAUAUUUAUGACAUUGAUGUUGAUGAUGUUUAUGCGAAAAAGAUAAAAACAGAAGAGGAACGAGAUCUUGAAACAAUUCAACGAAUCUUGGAAGCUCGUCAGAACUUUGACAAACUCGUCAAUCCAUCAAAAAAGCCACAUUUUUAUCGUUUGGAAGCUUUACAUAAAUUCAAAAGUCAAAAUUUAUCGAAAACUAUUCCAAAAUUUUCGUUUUCAACAAUUUCAAAUGAUGAGAAACGAAUUUACGUUCGCACUCACAAUGAAGAAUUUGAAGAGAAAAUGUUGUCAGAAAUUAAACUUUUCGAUGGUGGCUUAAAAAACUUACUUGGGAAUGAACGAGAAAACAUCUGGCAAGAGGCGAAUCAAAUAAUUUCCAAAGCUUAUAAUGAAAAUCAAGAUAUUUUGGAAAUUCUUCCCGAAAUUCAUCGACAAAAUGAUUCUGUGGAUUUGCUCGUGGAUAAAUAUCAACCGAGAAAGUACGUCGAUUUAUUGUCUGAUGAAUUCACAAAUCGUUCUUUGUUACAAUGGCUGAAGCUGUGGGAUAAAAUCGUUUACAAACGAGACGUUGUGAAGAAGACUUUCAAGCCUGGUCAGCUGAAUAGUUUCAAUAAGAAAACAGGAAGAUUUGUGCAGAACGGAGGUUGGUCGAGAAAACAAAAAGCGACUCUCAACACUGAACUUGAUGCUAAUCAUGUUCCUGUGCAAAAAAUUGCUUUGAUUGUGGGUAAACCUGGUUUAGGAAAGACGACUCUUGCUCAUGUUAUUGCUCGUCAUGCUGGUUAUGACAUUCGUGAGAUGAACGCGUCUGAUGAUUGCACUGUUGAUAAUUUUCGACAAGCGCUCGAGAAUGGAACACAAAUGACUUCAGUUCUGAAUCGCGACAAUCGACCAAAUUGCAUUAUUCUUGAUGAGAUUGAUGGAGCUCCACUGCCAUCAAUUGAAUUCUUAAUUCGCUUCGUUUCUGGUCAAGUCGUGGAGAAGUCAAAGAAAGGUAAAAACAACAAGAAAUUCAUCUUAAAACGUCCAAUAAUUUGCAUUUGCAACGACAUGUACGGUGCAAACAUGAGAAAUCUUCGUCAAAUUGCUUUUGUCUUGAAUAUUAAUCAAAUUGACAGUUCAAGAUUAGCUGAUCGUUUACUCCACAUUGCACGGAAAGAAAAAGUUGAAAGUGAUUUGACGACAAUGUUGGCUUUAUGUGAGAAAACUGGAAGUGACAUCCGCUCAUGUAUUUCGAUGAUUCAGUUCUUCAGCUGCUCUAAGAAGCCAUUAACAUUACUCGAUGUCACGAAAAGCAACAUUGGAGAAAAAGAUCAACACAAAUCCAUCUUCAAUAUUUGGUCUUCUAUUUUUCAAAUUCAACGAAACCGAAAAUUCAUUCAAACUUCAAAUGAACAGAAGCAAGAAAUGGUUGGAAUGAGUGAAAUUUCAGACAGAACAAGAAUGGAUCACGUUUUGAAAACUGUUCAUAGUUCAUCUGAAUACGAUCGACUGAUUCAAGGCGUUCAUGAGAAUUUCUUGACUCAGAAAAUUUCAGAUCAAACCAUGUCGACAGUUGUUGAAGCUCAUAAUUGGUUUUGCUUUAACGAUCACAUUCAAAGUAAAAUUAAUAAUAUUCAAAAUUAUUCAAUUUAUUCUUAUCUUGCUUAUGGAUUUGUCGGUUGGCAUUUUCUAUUCGCAACGUUAACAUAUCCACAAAUCCAUUUUCCUCAUAAAAGUUAUGAAAUAUCGCAGAAAAAAGCGUCAACAAAAAUGAUUUUUGGAACCUUCAAAAAAGGAAUUUCAUCUAAUCUUGUUGGAAUUGGAAAAGGAAUUGAAGUGAUGUUGGAUUCGAUCAGUUUAUUAAAGAUUAUUAUAAGUCCGGAAGUUCGAUCAGUUUCGAUGCAUUUGCUGUCGGAGAAGGAGAAGCUCGACAUAAAGCACACUGUUGAGGUCAUCGCUGACUUAGGACUUUCAUUCAUUCAACUGCAAACUGCUGAUGGCGCUUACACAUAUCGCAUUGAUCCCGACAUUGAAUAUCUUGGUGAAACCUUUUCAGAGAAACAAUUUGGAAAAAUGAGUUAUUGGAGCAAGCAAGCAAUCGCAAGAGAAGUUGAAAUAGAAAAAAUGAGACGAGCCAAGCCUAAAGUUAAGAAAGUUCAAGCAGAAGUUUCAUUAGAAGGAACUUCUGAUAAGAUUUCUGAGACUCCAAAAACGCUGCCAAAUCAUUUGCAACGUCUCAUCCCUAAAGACAUUAAAGUUGCAAAGCCAAUUAAAACGGUCUCCAAAGACUUUUUUGGACGCAUUACAUCAAAGCCAUCCAUUGCAGCACAAGAAUGCGACGAAAACUCACCCGACGUCUUUAUUAAAAGUCCAAUUUGGUACAAAUUUAAAGAAGGUUUCAACAAUGCUGUAAGAACUGAUUUGACAAUUUCUGAUUUGUUGUAAUUUCGUUCAAUAAAGAUUUUUGUCUUUAAAUUUAAG